UCUAGAGAGAGCUAUGUAUAUAACAGAAUUUGUGGGGUAAACCUGGUUUUUAUUCUUCAAACAGACAUCACUGUGCGAGAACUGCCGCUUCUGCUCAGUCUACAUUUAUCAAACACAGUUACACAGAGUUGUUAAGGAACAAAAAGAUGUGUCUACAGUUUAAUUUGCCACAGUGAUGCCUGGACCAACGGAUUACACUGGUGACUACCGUGUGGAUUACGUGUGAAUAAUGAUUCUCCGGACAUCAGAAAUCGAUAAAAGCAACAAGAUGCCAGUUCUUCUCUCCCUGGUUAUCUGUAUAAACUCUCUGUCAGCAGCAGCAGUACUGGGUGUUCCUAAGCCUGCUGACGUGAAAGUUAACAUUUCAGAUGGAGAGGUAAUAGUAUAUUGGAAACAACCCGUGGACGCCCCCUCAAACUCCAAGUACAACGUAGAAAUGGCAAAGUACAUUGAUGAUUGGGCCAAAGUAAGAAGCUGCACAAAGAUCACCAACACCUUCUGUGUCCUGAGCGGCCUUAUUCACGACUACAACACUCUGUACAAGGUCAGAGUUCAGCUGGUCGUGGGAGACGACACAUCUGUGUGGACAUCAAAGAAGGUUCGCCCAAAUGAAAGUAAACUAUCCCCUCCCACCUUCACUUUGUUGGCUACAUCCAGCACACUCUCAGUCUAUGUUCACCAAAAACCCAUUCUGAGAAUGCUCUUUCCUUAUGGCCUCACCUACACCAUCUACUUGGAGGAGGCAGGACAAAAUAAGACGACCAUAGCAUACCUGAAGGAUGACGUAGGGGACGACCAGAGGAACACGACUUUCAGGUCUCUCAAAUGGGAAAGAGUGUACUGUGUCAGCAUGAGCGUAGAAGGCAAUGGAGCCAUUUUCCAAAGUCCUGUGUCAUCGAAACAGUGUCUGCUGCUACCUGAGAGAGAAUGGUUCGUAAUUGCAGCAGCAUCCUCGUCUAUUCUGGGAGUGCUGGCAAUGAUUGCUAUCAUUGCAAUCAUCCUCAUGUGUUACCUGAGACGUCCAGAAAAAACACCUGCUGCGCUGAAAUCUCCAGUACGUUACUGGCUUCCACUACCUAUUGAAGAGGGCGUCAUGGAGACAGUCACAGACAGAGGAUGGUUCCUAUCCAGUUACAAACCAGAAGUCAAAAACUGUGACAAUGACCCACAGACCCAUGUUACGGUAACAGACGACAAUGAAAAGGAAGACAGAAGGACAAGCAUGGACAGUGGAGUCAGCAUGGAAUCCAGCUCUGCUACAAACAACAGAGGAAGUCCAGUAACGAGACAGGGAGACAGUGGCUGUGGAAGCAUGGGAGGACCAGAGAGCUCCUCCUGCAGUCAGGCAGAUUACCCCCUGCAGGAUGAGGGCACUGACAUUGACAAAGUUCGGAAGAGGGAGGACAGCGGCGUGGGGCUGGGCUGCCAGAUUGAUUCUUUUUCCGUUACUCUGGAUCAACCAGACAGCAGGCUUGUGCAGGAGUCUGGUUCUGGUGGGAACUACCGCACGCAGAGCCCCUCUGCAGUGCAGAUCCACGAAGAGGAGUUUAAGCAGAAAAGUUCAGAUACAGUUUUGGCUGAAGUGGUCACAGGUUACAGGGCUGGUCCUCAGCUGUGCAUCUGUUCAGGAGCAGGUCAGUGCACAUGGUGCCACAAAAAGUGUCACAGUGGAUCUGAUGUUAUCAAACAAAACAGCAUGGGUAACACGUAUCCAAGUUGUUACAAAAAAUCACAAAUGGACACUGUCACGGUGGAUGAUUUUACAAACACUUUUUCACAACUAGGGGAAAUGUUCCCUCUGCUAACAACAUUACCUCCACUGCCCCUGCUGGAGAGAGGACAUGACCUCAAUAUGAAUAAUGUGUUCCUUUCUCUGAGCGACAUACAGCUGAACACUGACUAACAAACUGUGGAAUGUAACAAGCACUAUUUAUAAAACUAUGCUGAUGUUACCUUCCUGAGUGGAAAACACUCCUUUUUUCUUCAGAUAUCUCGUGUUGAAUCAUGAGAUAUGGAGUAUGGAGCGGGAAACAGAGCUGCUAAAACUCUUGCAGGUUGCACAGCUUCUGGCUGGGAGCUGUUGCUUUGAUUCCCAUGAGAUGGACAGAUGGAGACUCAAAUGUCAAAGACCCUAUUUAAACCCGUGUCGUAGGGUUUAUGUAAAACUGACAAGACAGCAUGCCGGAAGUGAAACUGAUGUGGGGGAGCAAUGAAAAUGAACGGUUUAACAGAUACAUGUUUAUGGAUAUUUUGUUCUCCCACCUCUGCCGACAAAGAACUGACUCUUUUGGUUUCUGAUAAUUUCGCAACUUACAAUUAUUCUGCAAUUAUUUGCAAAAUAAAGUGAUUUUCAGGGAACAGAAAAAAAGGAACCGACAGUCCUUCACUUUCAGCUAGUGACUCUCAUUAUGUCAUACUGCAGACUCCUCUUUUAGCUACUUCCUGUAUAUAUUAUUUAUUAAACAUUAUUAAACAUAUUGUUGAACUGUU